AUGUCAGGAUUCGGCUUUAAUGAUCCACAGGGAUUUGCUGGCAAUCAGCAACAACCCAACCAGCUCAUCCAACAGGCUGUCGGAUAUAUUCCCAUGAGUUUUAACAACAUGAACUCUGGCCCAGUCUGCCACGGACAGACAAUGAGCAACUGGCCCAUGGAUCAGGCUCAACCUUCCAUGCACCCGACAUCUCUCAUGCCCACGGCAUACGACUCUCCAUUUGCCAGUUGCGGACAGCAGAUGCAGACUGCCGCCUCCAGACAUACACAGUCUAGCACGAUGUACGUGGGACAGGCAAAUCUGAUGCAAUCUAACGACAUGUUCAUGAGAAAUACUCAGUCUGGCAUGAUGAACAUGGAGCAGAUGCCCACAGACAACAUGCAGGGUGUCAUGAACAUGAGACAGGCGCAGUCGAUGCAACCUAACGCCAUGUCUAUGGGCCAUACUCAGUCUGGCAUGAUGAAUAUGGGGCAGACGCAGUCGACGCAAUCUAACGACAUGUUCUUGGGACAGACUCAACCGGGCAUGAUGAAUAUGGGACAGACGCAGUCGAAGCAAUCUAACGACAUGUUCUUGGGACAGACUCAGUCGGGCAUGAUGAAUAUGGGACAGACGCAGUCGAAGCAAUCUAACGACAUGUUCAUGGGACAGACUCAAUAUGGCAUGAUGAACAUGGAGCAGAUGCCAACAGACCACAUGCAGGGUGCCAUGGACAUGGGACAGGCGCAAAAUCCCGACCCAUUGCAAGGUGUUGACUUCACAGCACAGCUGACGAGCACGCAAAAUGCCAGCCAACAGUUUCCAAGCAUGCAGUAUCCAGUCAUGCAGCAGACUCCAAGCAUGCAAACCCCGCACAAGCGGGCAAUUCAGAAGCAGUCUCGAUCUCGCAAAUCAACUGCUCAGACCAUGCAAGGCGGUCGCAACUCUGCUGGCAAGCGCCCGCCGCCUCGUCCUGUUGAAGUCCUUGACGCUUUGCUCCAGGAAAAGCAGGCAGAGGGUAAACUAUUGGAAGGCAAUAAACCCGAAUUGUUAAAGCUCAGCGCCGAAACAGCGGAACUACGCAAAGAAAGAGAGAAAUCCAAGAUGGCAGAGAAGAUGAGAAUAUGCAAAGAGAGAAAUGAGGCGGCUCUGGCGAGCCGAGGCCAGUCCCAGGAGACUGUGGAUCAUGUGGAAUCUUCUGCGACUCCGAAGCGCCAGAAGAGAGCCGCAGCCGCAGCCGCAGACGUCGAGAAGUCCCCUGAAACAUCGUCUGAAGAGACUUGCCAUGCGUCUAUCUUUACCACGCCUGUUCCCGCCAUCCAGACGCCCCCUUCAACGCCAGCUGGUGCGUCUGGUCUCAAAUUCCCUAUUUCUCAGACUCGCGGGGCCAUGUGCAUCAAUCCUUCUGCUCUCGCUAUUACUACUACUACUACUGCCGAGCCUAUCCAGCAGCAGUCUUUGGUCAACGGUGGCGAGCUUCUUCCUAGAGCAGUGGCCAUCAAGCCUUCUGCCGCCGCCGUGCCCAAGACCGAGCUGUGUUCGUCAAUCCUUCUUCUUCUUCUUCUUCUUCUUCUUCUUCUUCUUCUUCUUCUUCUUCUUCUUCUGCUGCUGCUGCUGCUGCUGCUACUGCUACUAAUACUACCGCUACUCCCCCUUCUCGCUAUUACUGCUGCUGCUGCUGCUGCUGCUGCUGCUGCUGCUGCUGCUGAGGCUCCAGCUAAUGCCACCGCAAAUGACGCCCAAAACCAGGCCGAUUGGCUCGCAUUCGCUCCAGUCAGACAGUUUCUUUACAAAAAUGAGAAUACUGAGGAGCAGGCCAUGCUACCAGAGGCCAAUGACGCCGCCAAGGAGGAGCAUGUGCCGACCAUGGACCUGAAUGCAGACCUCUUGGGGAACGAGCAUCUGUUGCCCAUGGACUUGCUUGAUGACCUCUUUGGGGAAGCUCCAGCGCCGCUCAAAGACCUGAAUACUGACCCGUUUGGGGCCGAGCAUCUGUCGCCCAUGAACUCGAAUGCUGAGCUCUCUGGGGACGGGCCCGUGCCGCCCAUGCACCAGACUGAUAAUCUUCUUGGCACAGAGGAAUAUCAAGCUGGGCAAGAAUUGUCUGAAAUGCUCGAGGAAGCUAUUGAGCGCAGACAGGCGGAGGACGCAACUGAGGAUGGUGAGACAUGGUAA